AUCAGCUUUCGUUUUUGGACCAUCACCGAUGGGCUGGGUGAACGUCUUCCGUCGCGGGCGCGCGGCGGUGCCCAGCCACAGCUGGUCCAUCUUUGGGCCCAAGACGAAGCUGCGCAGCAUGCACCCCUUGGAGAUGCUGCAUGUAAUCAAGUUCCCGCACCUGAAUUUGGUGCAGACUCAUGUGCGUCCGUCCAAGCUGCAGACGGAGGUCAGAAGCAGAGUUGUGAUAGCAAAUGUCUAAAUACGUAGCUAACCGCUGUGACUACGAUCCGCAGUUGAUAAGGUGGGGAGCUGUGCUGGGGAUCACGUCGGCCACGUACCAGUUCCUCACUAACUUGCACACCGUCCCCAUCACUGGACGCACGCAGGUCGUGGUGCUCUCCCGAGAGGAAGAAUGUGAACUUGGUAACAAAACAGCACUGGAAGAGUUGGCAGGGGCUAAAACUAUCGACGACGGACCGCAAUUGCAAAUGUGUAUCGAUGUAGCAACUCGACUGGUGUCCGUGUCGGAGCAUUUAUUCCCUCGCGAAUACGACUGGCGAGUCUGGCUGGUGGACAAUCCGUCCUCCGCCAACGCCUGCUGCGCUCCCGGGGGUAAGAUCAUCGUGCAGACGGGGAUUCUGGACCUCAUCGACUUUGCGGUACAGAAGGGAAUUUGUCAUAGCAAGCACGACGCACUAGCGGUCGUGAUGGCGCACGAAAUCGGGCACGCGCUGGCGAGACACACGGCCGAGUCGAUGAGCAUGUUGCCGCUGAUGUAUCUCCAGUUCAUUCUGGGCAUGGAGAGCCCACUGCUCAAGUACAUUUUCCAGUUCGCCUUCAACUUGCCCUUUAGUCGGUCGCAAGAGGCCGAAGCGGACCACAUCGGCAUCAUGCUGCUUGCUAGCGCGUGCUACGAUCCGUCCGAGGCCCCGCGGCUGUGGAAGGCGUUCACUGCCUUCUAUGCAGACCCGGAGGCAGGUGAGAACGAGUUGGACAUGGAUUUCGAUUGGGUGUCAACCCAUCCGUCCAACCGCAAGCGCGAGCGAGCGCUGGACGGCCUGGUGGAGGCCGCGCUGGAGGUUCAGCGACGCAGUAGCUGGUGUGCGUUCCUCCAGAAGAAGGUAUUGGAGUUCGUGGGCGCUAACACAGAGGCCGAGCUGCUGCACCACAUCCGCGCAGCCAUGACGCAGGCUCAGGCAGAGGAAGCCCACGCCAACGCUGCGCUCCGUCCGCGACGCCGUAACACCAUUGGCGCCAUCCACGCCUUGGAGAGCCAGGAGAUGCUGAAGAUCAUCCAUGACGAGGCGAUGGCGGACGGAGAGGAGCAGCAAGUGGCAGUAGCCAACACAUAGCAUUUAGCUUCAGCAUUUAGUGCACCUGCGUCUCGUAAGAAUCAAUCAGCAUCGCUUUCUGCAUGGGAGAAGUCGACAGAAACACGAGACGAGGCCUUCUUUUACCGCGUACAGUUAGCAUUACAGACUCGCUUCGUGUGCAGCUCGCAGCUCGCUCCACUUCAAGGCAAUCUGCAAAGCAUCAGAAAGCAGCAGGUGAUGAUAAUAAUUUUGUUUUGCUGGCUCGAUUGAGCUUGUCACAGGCUUGUGCUCUGUUGAAAGUUGAAGUCGAGCAGCGAACUUGCAUCAAGAAGUUUGAUACCAAGACGCCACUCAAGUUGCAUGUUCGGUGGCACCUGCGAUAAAUGUGCGUUUGCGAUCCCCCAACAAGAAAUUCUCACUGACGUGGCGUACGGUUACAGUUUCCGGCUAAGAAUGUCGUUGAUUGACGUCACGCAGAGUGUAGUUUUGCCACAUGUAGGAGCUCUUAUAUUAUUCGUUUCAAUUAUUGUACGCAUGGAAAUCGUCGACGCCUUUGCGACGUCUUUGGCCAGUUCUUCCGCCGUGCGCCAUCAACUUCUCUCGAGACGACAACAAGCUACACAGCGGAGAGAGAAGGUCUUGCAUGGGGUGAAUCUACAAUCCUGCUUCGCAGGACGGAAGCGAGGUGCUAUCGGAGGGGUGCGGAGGAGCUGCGCUGCUCGCUUGCAUACUUGCUUGCGU